AUGACUCUCGAAGGCGGCGCGGCCCCUCCCUCCUUCCCGACGCGGGCCCCCUCCCUGCGUCCCGGGCCGCCGCGUCCCGGCUCCGACCUGCCGGGAGGGGAGGUCCCUCCCGGGGAUCCGCGCCCCGCCGCCCCGGGACCGCCCCUCGGCCCGCCCGCUCCCCUCUCAGGUGCCGCUGGCCGGGAGGCGGGCGCCGCCCGCGGCCACCGGGCCCGGGAGCGGGAGCCGGACUCCAGCCCCCUGUCCCGACGGGCCGCGGCCUCCGCGGGCCAGGCUCUGCCAGCUCCUCCCGCGUGUGGAAUCCUACGGAGAAUAGAAGCCAAACAGGUCUCUGCUUCCCCAUUCCGGGGCUACCCUGGGUCAGCUUCCAGCUCAAAUCAGAGCCCCACGCCAGAGAGAAGGGCUUCUAACCAGCUGCUGCGUCUCCCCCUGCUUGUGUGCCCUUCCAUACCCAUCGCUCAAGUUCCACUGGACCUUUCCUCAUCCAAAGGGCACUGGAAAUUCAAGAUGCCUAAGAGGAAGAAGAGAAAUUGACUAGAAAC